AAAACCAUGAUCUCACGCAUCCUCCGGCCGUCCGCAAGGACGCUCCCGAGGCUGUCACCAACAGUUGCACAGCGAAGAUGGGUGGCAAACGAUCCGGAUGGUUGGGUUCCAGAGAAUGCAAAGCGGGUCGUUGUUCAGCAGUCUACCACGUCGAUUGUGGACGAGCACGACUCGCAUGAUCAUCAUGGAAACCCCGCGGAGGACGCUCUCCCAACCGAGGAGUCCUUCUUCACCCCGUUCUGGAGGAACAUAACCAUCCUUGGCGCCUUGGGAUAUGCGGCGUACCUCUUCAUGCCCACAGCCAAGCCCGGGGAGAAGAAUAUGUUCACCGACCUGCUCACUAACCAAGGUAAUUCCAACGAAGAGGGUCUCAACCAGAUCGAAACGCGUGUAUCGUUUGCCAAUGCACAGGCGGAACACAAGAAGGACGCAGACGAAGUCGAGCGGCCGCCUAUCCAUCGGUUCCGAUCCAAGACGUCGUUCGAGCUCCAAAGCCCUUUCCUCGUACCCGUUGGCUCACAGGCAGACAUGAGCAACGUCAAAGUAAAGACGUGGGAGGACUCAUAUCGCAAAUAGAUUCACAACUUUUUUGGCUGGUGUCUAGACUCGCAUACGUGACCUGGAUCCGCUAAAUUAACAAUUGUAGUAUACCAUCUCCUGGCGGUUCAUUCUGCCUCUCAGUGUUUCCGGUGUUGAAUCUUCGCCCGUGCCGCCUCCGCCGCACGCUUCGUGCCCUGAAUACCCGCCCAACCGCGCGCCUGCAACCACUUGACCAGACUAGGAAGGAUCGCAGCGGUGACACCUAAACGGAAGGGCAGAAAUACGGUCUUGUGAAUGCCGUACGCGAGAACGACGGACGCCCACAGCGCCGCGUUUCCCCUGCCGGCAGCAGCAGCAGCAGCCUCGGUGCUGGCCGCCCCACUUGCAACGUCCACCGCUUCCUUCAUACCUUCCUCGUGUGCUUUCUGAGGCCAUACAUCCCCGAUCACGCCCAUCACCUUGUCCUUCAGCCACUCCGUUGCAUCCGCAACCCGAUCCCUCCCCAUCACUUGUAUGAGCGCAAACGCAACGGAGAAGUCGAAGAAACCGAUGAUAGUAUACACUCCCAGAGCGUACCAUCCAUAGGUCCUGAUGAGCUCCUUGAGUCGGCCGGUGAGGCCAACCUUCUUCGCUACGGGCUGGGCGGCAUCGGACGUGUGUAUCCCUGCACCAGAGAGCGCAUGGGUGGAGAGGGGCUGUUUGCCCGCGUUAGCUCUUGAUGCCGGUGUGUCGGCGAUGAAUCGUGCGCGAGAGUGAAGUUUAGGAAGUGCGGUUGUAGGUGGCCGGCGUAGGGGAAGGAGG